GUGGAUGCUCUACUGCGCAAACAGACUGCUUUGGAAAGAGAUAUGAGUGCGAUACAUCAGAAACUUAUCGCUCACGAUAAAGAUGCACAAGCAAUCCUUGCCAAGAAGCCACCGCUCAAAAACAGCAUUCUGGAUUCCUUGAAAAAGCUUGAAGAGAGCUGGAAAGAACUGAGUCAAGCCGCUGAACUACGUAACGAAUGCUUGGAUAAAUCCUACAAACUCUACAAGUACAUUGACCAAGUCAAAAAGGCAGAACAAUGGGCUGCACAGCUUCGAAACAAGAUGACUUCUUAUCAGACGCCUAAGACUACUGCUGAAGCAGAACAGUUGAUUGCACAACAUGCUGAGCGCCGCGCUGAGAUUGACGGACGUCAGGAUGAGUUACAUAUCCUACAUGAAGAAGGUCAACGCUUGAUUGCUGAACAACCCGAGCACAAACCCGAGGUCCAAAGAGCUCAUAAGAGAGUACAAAACUCUGAACAUCAGCUCAGACAAACAUGGGAAGCUGAAAAGGUGAGCAGAUUUCAAGAUCAAGUCUUCCUCGAUUUUGUUGAAUUUCUUGUUUUUGGUCCCGAGAUUUGA